AAUGUUGGCAAAAAUAAGGGUGAUGAUGAUCAUGGAAAAGAUGUGAUUGAAAAAUUCAUCGGAAUCGAAGUUCGACGUGCCGUUAUAUAUAAUAUUGAAUAUAAUGAGGAAACUCUAGCACAUAUAUUGCAACGUGCACGGGAUAUUGAUCCAAUGAACCGUCGAGGCGUUUAUAUGAAAUUAACUGAAGAAAUUAACGACUUUCGUGUUUUAUCUAUUGAGGAUCGUGAAAAAUUAUUAAGCUGGGAAGUGACACGACUUGCUUUUUUUAUUCAGAGAUACAAUAAUUUCAUGAAUCAAGCGUCAGACGAGGAACAAGUAAACUUUGCGUUUAUUGUUGGUCAAUUAUUUUUAUUGGCCAAAUUAUUAGACUAUGGGGAUGAAGGUAAUGAAGUCCUGGUGUCAUUACAAGAAUGCUUAAAGAAUGAAAAUGAGGAAGUUCAAGCUAUUGCAGUUAUAUUCCUUCCAACCCUUAUCGAAUUAUUGAAAGAAUACAGAUAUCUUGACAAGAAUGAUAAUGCGGUGCCACCGUUGCAGAUUGUGCAACAAUUAGUGGACUGGACUAAUCCUUUCAAAGUUAAGCGUCCUUUGGCAGAUUCAGUAGCUAGAAAUGCAUUAAAUAAAUUCGAGAGUGCUCUACUCAAUUAUUUCGAUGAUGCACCUGAUGCCUUGGACGAUGAAGAGCUUGAACAACUAAAGGAUAUUUUUGAAUUUGUUGAUCAUCUUGAAGGUACAAUUAAUAAAUUUAGCCA